CAUUCAUUCAUUCAUUUCACAUUAACCAGCUCUCUUCUUCCUCCUUUCUAAUAUUUAACAAUUGCAUCACUCUCUCUCUCUCUCUCUCUCUCUCUCUGAAUCGUGAUCCGCCGCCGAAUUCUCUGUUCUCAUCGAAUCCAUCGCUGUUCCUCAGAAGCAGAUCGUAGGUUAGCUGUUGAAGAUGGCAUCAACAGCGACUGGGUGGUACAGAGGAAGGGUCAAAGCUGUUCCUUCUGGGGAUUGUUUGGUCAUUGUGGCCCUCACUAGCUCAAGGCCUGGUGCUCUUCCUGAAAAGACCAUCACUUUAUCAUCUUUAAUUGCUCCUAGGCUGGCAAGAAGGGGUGGUGUGGAUGAACCAUAUGCUUGGGAAAGUAGAGAAUUUCUAAGGAAGCUCUGCGUUGGGAAGGAGGUGACCUUCAAGAUUGAUUACAAUGUGCCCUCCAUAAAUCGUGAGUUUGCAAGUGUUUUUCUUGGGGAUAAGAAUGUUGCAAUGCUGGUUGUUGCUGCAGGAUGGGCAAAGAUUAGAGAGCAGGGGCAACAGAAAGGAGAAGCAAGCCCUUACCUUGCAGAAUUGUUAAGAUUGGAAGAACAAGCUAAACAGGAAGGCGUUGGUCGUUGGAACAAGAGUCCAGGUGCUGCUGAGGCCUCCGUCAGAAAUCUACCACCUUCAGCCAUUGGUGAUCCAAGCAACUUGGAUGCUAUGGGUUUGUUGGCUGCAAACAAAGGCAAGCCAAUGGAAGGAAUUGUUGAGCAGGUUCGCGAUGGCAGUACCCUGCGAGUCUAUCUGCUCCCUGAAUUUCAGUUUGUCCAAGUUUUCGUGGCUGGAAUUCAGUCCCCACAAAUGGGAAGGAAAGCUGCAUCAGAGCCUGUUGUUGAGUCAGAGGUGACAGCAGAUAGAACCGAUAGUGGAGAUGUUCCUGCUGAGUCUCGAGCCCCACUUACAUCUGCCCAAAGGCUUGCAGUUUCAGCUGCUGUUGCUGAAAGUGUUGCUGAUCCUUUUGCUCAUGAGGCUAAAUUUUUCACCGAGAUGAGAGUGUUGAACCGAGAUGUGCGGGUUGUCCUUGAAGGUGUUGAUAAGUUCAGCAAUUUGAUUGGGUCAGUGUAUUAUCCUGAUGGUGAAUCAGCAAAAGACCUGGCGUUGGAACUUGUUGAAAAUGGUUUCGCCAAAUAUGUUGAAUGGAGUGCAAAUAUGAUGGAGGAUGAGGCUAAGAGGAAGCUGAAGGCUGCAGAGCUUCAGGCUAAGAAAAGCAGAUUGAGGAUGUGGACAAAUUAUGUACCACCAGCAACUAAUUCCAAGGCAAUUCAUGACCAGAAUUUUACAGGAAAGGUGGUUGAGGUUGUAAGUGGGGACUGCAUCAUUGUUGCAGAUGAUUCCAUUCCUUAUGGCAGUCCACUAGCAGAGAGACGAGUUAACCUGUCAAGUAUUCGAUGUCCCAAAAUGGGCAAUCCUCGUAGAGAUGAAAAACCAGCUCCCUAUGCUCGUGAAGCAAAGGAGUUCUUGAGAACACGCCUCAUUGGCCGUCAAGUUAAUGUACAAAUGGAGUAUUCUAGAAAGGUUAGUCCAGCAGAUGGGUCUGCAGCUCCACCUGGAGCUGCUGAUGCUAGAUCAAUGGAUUUUGGAUCGGUUUUCCUAGUAUCAAAUGUUAAGAGUGAGGGUGAUGGUGUUCCUGCUGGUAGCCAGCAACCUGGGGUCAAUGUCGCUGAGUUGGUAGUUGCUCGAGGAUUUGGAACUGUCAUUAGACAUCGGGACUUUGAUGAGAGAUCAAACUACUAUGAUGCUCUUCUUGCUGCAGAAUCACGUGCCAUAUCUGGCAAAAAAGGAAUCCAUUCUGCCAAGGACUCUCCGGUCAUGCAUAUAACUGAUCUGACCAUUGCAUCAGCCAAGAAAGCCAAAGAUUUCUUGCCUUUCCUGCACCGGAGUAGAAGAAUCCCAGCUGUUGUGGAAUAUGUCCUCAGCGGCCAUCGUUUUAAAUUGUUAAUUCCAAAAGAAACUUGCAGCAUUGCUUUUGCAUUCUCUGGUGUUAGAUGUCCUGGUCGUGACGAGCCAUAUUCUGAGGAAGCAAUUGCACUGAUGAGGCGAAAGAUUAUGCAGAGAGAUGUUGAGAUUGAAGUGGAAACUGUUGAUAGAACUGGAACGUUCUUGGGAUCCUUAUGGGAGUCAAGGACAAAUGUAGCAGUUACACUCCUUGAAGCUGGUCUUGCAAAACUUCAAACAUCCUUUGGCAGUGACAGAAUUCCUGAUUUACACCUUCUGGAGCAAGCUGAACAAUCUGCAAAGAGGCAAAAGCUGAAAAUAUGGGAGAAUUAUGUCGAAGGGGAGGAAGUCUCUAAUGGUGCAACUGUUGAAAACAAACAGCAAGAAGUUCUUAAGGUUGUGGUUACAGAAGUUUUGGGUGGUGGUAAAUUCUAUGUUCAACCCGCUGGAGAUCAGAAGAUAGCAUCCAUUCAGCAACAGCUUUCUUUUUUGAACCUUCAAGAAGCUCCUCUGCUUGGUGCUUUCAGUCCUAAGAAGGGUGACAUAGUCCUUUGUCAUUUUCUGGCAGAUAAAUCAUGGUACCGAGCAAUGAUCGUCAAUGGGCCUCGAGGAGCCGUUCAAUCUCCCCAGGAUAAAUUUGAAGUAUUCUACAUUGAUUAUGGAAAUCAAGAAGAAGUAACUUACAGUCAGUUACGACCACUUGAUCCAUCUGUCUCUGCCGCUCCUGGUCUUGCUCAACUGUGCAGCCUUGCAUACAUGAAGGUUCCAAACUUGGAAGAGGACUUUGGCCAAGAAGCAGCUGAAUAUUUGAGCGAACUCACUUUAGGCAGCGGCAAAGAAUUCAGGGCCAAGGUUGAGGACAGAGAUGCUUCAGGAGGGAAAACGAAAGGGCAGGGAACUGGGACUGUUCUUGCUGUAACUCUUGUUGCUGUGGAUACCGAGAUCAGCGUUAAUGCUGCCAUGCUACAGGAAGGACUUGGUAGGCUUGAAAAAAGGAACAGACGGGACAGAAGAGAGAAACAGCAAGCUCUUGAUAAUUUAGAGAAAUUCCAGGCAGAGGCAAAGACGAGCCGGCGUGGAAUCUGGCAGUAUGGAGAUAUUCAGUCGGACGACGAGGACACUGCCCCCCCUGCAAGAAAGGCUAGUGGCCGGAAGUGAGUGUCAUUUCUUUGGGGGAAGGUAACUUAUAAUUUAUAAGUUACUUAUAAUGUAGACAUCUUCACAGGGAAUAUGAGUCGAGUUAUAGUCAUCCACAUUUUACAUUGAGUUAAGAGAGGAAAAGAAAAUGCCGUGCGUAAUGCUUUGUGAGUUUUGUUUUUCUUGUUAUGAAUUUUGUUGUUAGAUUAAGGGGGACAAUUGUUUUCAAAGAUCAGACAAUAAAAGGGCAUGCGGCAGAAUUUAAUUAUUAUUAAUUAAUAUAUCAUGGGACGGCAUAGACAUUGUUUUA